GUGAUAUAAACACUAGUCAAGGUAGAAGAACUCUGCAAAAGGAAAAUGGUUGAGGUAGUUGCUUUAUGCCAACCCUUGCUUUUUCUUGGUACUGGUAUGCCUUUUCGCCCAGAAAAAUUGAAGGUGAAGCUGAAGAAGGGCAGACGGCGCCACUAUGCAAAAGCGGUAUUGAACUCAGAUCAUAAGAAGCCUUUAACCGUAAACCUCAGUUCCACUAUUGAUUCACCUCUUUAUGAGUCCCCUGAGGUUUCAUUUGAUCAAUAUUUGGAGGAUGAACAGAGGGUUAUUAAAGCACUUUUCCCAGACAUUGAGGACCAGCAACUUAGCAAGAAAGAGUGGAGGAUUCAAAUGCCAACCAUGCAAGCCUUGUUCCUGUCUAUCUACUUUGCAAUGUACAUUAAGUUAAGAUACAAAUCCAUGGGGAAAGACUACCCUCCUCAUGUUCCUCAUCACAUUCCCAAAAUCAUUGAGCUUGAAAUUACAAGAUGGGAACUUGGGGGGAUCCCUGAGGAGUACCAGCCGCUUGACUUGAGCCUCUCCCUCAAAGGAACCAUAUAUCCUGAUAGAAAGCAAGGAACAAAAAGCAGGCUUAGAGGUCAGGUUGACAUAAAUAUGAGCUUUAUUGUAUCACCUCUGCUUGGUUGGAUUCCUCAUACUGUCGUGCAGAGCCUUGCAGAAUCGCUGGUUAAGAAAACGAUGGCGGAUUCGACAUCAAGUUCCAGAUUGGUACAAGACUAUGAUGAAUUCAAGACCGAGAAACUCAAGAAUGUUGUUUAGUUAAGCAUUUGACAGGGUGAAUAUGUCUUCUUACCAAUAUAUCUCUCGACGUUUAGAAUAAGUUAACAAUUUCCUAAUCAAUUAGGAAGGAACAUAGCCAAAGUACCAUGAUAAACAUUGAUGUGGA